AUGCAAGGAUCAAGACUUGGAUUAAUUUUAGAAAAUCAUCCGGCAACUCAGAUGGCAGUCGUCAGUCCUUUCGUAACCCAAGCCAACAUCGAUAGUACAAAAAACCAUAUCACCUUGAAUAUAUUGUACCAAAAUGUUCGCGGCCUUAAAACAAAAACAAAAACUUGGACCAUGAAUCUUCUGUUGCAAGCCUGCGACAUAGUGGCUGUUACGGAGUCAUUUCUCGACGAUACCGUUGAAGAUGCGGAAAUAUCAGGCGGCAGCUGGAGUGUGCUGCGCCGCGACAGGGGUUCGCCGUGCGGUGGCGUGCUGAUCGUAGCUCGCCCCGGUAUACUUUUGCAGCGACGACGUGAAUUGGAAACCGAUUCCGGUGAAGAUCUAUGGGUUUCAUGUAAUAUACAGGGUCGAUCUAUGUUUAUAUGUGUAAUCUAUAUAAAACCCAGUGCAUCCGACGAAGACUACAUGAACUUAUUUUGUAAAAUAGAAAGUUUUAUUUUUGACUUAAAGGGAUUAGUGGUUAUAUUGGGGGAUUUAAAUUUAAACAGUGCAUCCUAUAACAUAGUCUGUUAUUAUUCAUAUUUUGUGACACUUUGCGGCUUAACCGAGCAUAAUAACAUUGUGAAUACUCAUGGGAGCAUUCUAGAUGUAGUACUGGUCCAAGAGCAUGUUGAAACGAUAGUCUCUGAUACGGAGGGAAUGGUUCCACCUGAUUUAUACCAUCCCCCUCUUAACAUUAAGAUGAAUAUUCGUACAGCUAAACACUCUGACAGAUUGGAGCCUAGCAACAUAAGCAAUUCCAAAGAUUGGAAUUUCCGCAAACUUGAUUAUGAAACAACUCCUUAUUCUAAUGUCUAUGGUAUCUUGGGAUGUUCUUUUGACUGCAACCGAUGUACAACUUAUGCUAGGUUCUCAGAAAUAAGAUCUAACUUGAAGGCUUGCAUCCCAGAAGCAUAUGAAAAUUACAUUAGGCGCGCUGAAAGUAAUAUUAAAGCCAAUCCUUUAGGUUUUUGGGACUACAUCAGUAGCUUGCGGGUUAAAGGGGGAUUUGAGCCUAACGUCACUUUAAAUGGUUGCAUGCACUCCGGAGUAGAUGCAGCCGAAGCCUUUGCAAAUUUCUUUGCAGACGUGUUCUUAUCUGAGGUGCCAAAGCUAAGUGUGGAUGAGGUAUGUCUAAAUGAUGAUAAGUUACAUGGUACUGUCAUCUCCAUUCCAAAGUUUUCAGUAGCUGACAUAGCAUAU